AUGGAGACGUCACAGGCCCCGUCUCAAAGGAACAGCUUCCAAAUACUGGUGGCCCUGGGAAGCAUCGUUCCCUGGACUCUGGUUGCCUCCAUAGGCAGCGGCAUGCUGACACCUCUCAGCACAUAUGUCAGCUUGAACUUCUUCGCACAAAGGCACACGGACAUCCCUCCACAAGAGCUUACAUGUCAGAUUGACAUGAGCCCCCAACACUGCCAACUGGCACUGGUGGAUGGCAACCGGCUGGUGACUGUGUUGGCUUUCAUCAUGCCCCUGUGCCAAUUUGUCACACUGCCAUUGGUUGGCGUUAUAAGCGAUGCUUAUGGCCGCAAGAAGACGAUUUUAGUAGUCUACUGCCUCUCGAAUGUAACUUUGAUAUUCACCGAUCUGUUCGUAUUCUUCAAUGUCUCUUAUUGGUUUGCGAUUGCGCUGAACCCAUUCCUGAAUGCCCAGCUUGUCACCACCGUUCUGAACUCCACGUGCGUGGACCUGUUGGCAAGCCACGAGAGAUCAGCAGGAAUCGCUCUCAUCUCUUCGAUGGACACCGUGGCGUAUGUGAUAGGCUUGCUGGUGGGAAUGCAUUUUACCUUGCAUCAGACCUUUCUGAUUGCAAGUUGCAUUGUUCCCUGUUGCAUCCUUUGGUGCAUCUUCGUUUUUCCGGAAACGCUGCCUCCGGAAAAGCGCUCGCUGUCCAUCAACUAUCGAAGUCUCUUGCCAUGGGAUCCGCUACCGAUUUUGUGGCGAACCAACACGCUGGCGCGUUUGUCGCUUGCCACCGCGAUCGCAGCAUUUGUGGAUGAAAGCAGCUCCCGGAUGAUGGGGACCUAUUACCAGCGCGUGAUGAACUGGACGGCGCAGGACAGCUACUGGUUCGAGACAUACUGGGACUUCAGCAUGAUUGUAUGGUUGACCUUCAUUUUCGGCCUUCUUGUGAUCUACAUCGGGGAGAUUGGAACCAUGGCCUUUGGCCGACUCGUAGGCAGCGUCUACGUCUUCAUUGCAGUCUUCAUCAGAAAGCCUUCACUGGCAAUGAUCAACUGCCUCAUCUGUGCAGGGCCGAUGACCUUCGCUUUGCCAGCAGUGGCUGGGUUGAAGAGCCGGCUCGUCAAUGAGAGCGAGCAGGGCCGAAUGCAGGCGGCGAUCAGCACGGUCUACAUUGUCUCCGGGAGCUUCGGGUCCAUACUGGGUGGAUUUAUCUUCGAGGCAUUCGGCAAUGUCAAUGCCCAGGGAACUUUUGACAAGAUGUACCUCGUGGCACUGUUUCUCGUUGUGCUGAACAUUGCAGGAAUGCUGGUAUCUUUUGCGUUGUUCUACGACCUGUUUGGAAGAACUCACCACCUCAUGGACGAGCGCGCCAGACAGUUUUUUCCCAGCAUGAAGCGACAGUUGUCAGAAGACACAAUGCUGGCCGCAGGGCUCGAGAAUAGCCCUGAAGAGUACUUUGUUGCGUUGGCUGUGGCUUUGACCAUGGAGCUGUCUGGAGGCCUACUUGCUGCUCGUGCUUUCCCGAAAUGGGAUCCGGAGCAUGCAAGGGUGUUUGCGUCGCGGUCCAGGAGCAUCAUUGAUAGCUUUUGGUGCUCAUGUCAGCUGUGUGCGGUGGCCUCAGCUGUGUACAGUGGCCACAAGGAUGCUUCGGAUGACGACUUGAUGCAGUUCUUCUCAGCCUGGCCGUCAGAGCAGCGCAAGCGUGUCAGCGGCCUCCUGAGCAGCUGCAGCAAGAAAGGCACUGGCGACAUCGAUGCAGCUAUCGCAGAAGCUGAAGACCAGGUGGCUGCUGAAGGAAAGAAGGCUGCGGCUGCGGCUGAAGCUACAACUUCAGCUGACCAGAAGCCUGCUGAAGCAACUAAGACACUGGACGAGAAGCAGGUGAAGCAGGUACACUCCGCCAUUCGCUGGGGCAAGCCUGUGGAGGAAAUCCAAAAGAUUGUGAGCGAUCUCGGCAUUGACGCUACCAUGACAGAUGCUGCAGCAGCCGUCGAUGGUCAGAAUGGCAAUCUUGCCUUGCACAUCUCUGCGCAGAACGGCCACAUGGGGCUGACAAGCUUCCUGCUCGACAGCCGUGCCAAUGUCAAUGCGCAGAAUUUCAACGGCCAAACGGCUUUGCAUAUGAGCGUGGAGUAUGACAUGUACUUCCAGACGAAGCUCCUCCUCGAUGCAAAAGCAGACCCCAACCUUGAGAACACCGGUGGCCACAAAGCGCUUACAGGCCUGGAGGGUGCCAAGACCGGCCAAGAUGCGUGGGACAACCCGAUGAACAUCCUCAAAGCGGCCGGCGACACAGAGGAGGAACUCAAGCUUGCCUUCGAAGCUUUGGCAGCUGCGGAUGCCAAGGACAUGGACCGGGUUGUGCUGGCUCAGACAGGCAUGCGCAAGCGAAAGCAGUGCCCCCAGCACUGGAACGCCGACCGCUUCAAGGAGAUCAUGCAGAAGUUUUGA